AUGGCUGUUCCUAAAAAACGCACAUCCAAAUCCAAAUCCAAUUCAAGAAAAGCUCAAUGGAAACGCAAAUGUUAUAUUAAUGCUCAAAAAGCUCUUUCCCUAGGUAAAUCAGUUUUAACAGGAAAAUCUAAUAGCUUUAUAUACACAAAGAGUAAUAUUAAUUAA